UGCGGCUCAGUGUUUCUCCUCCGAGUUUCUCUCUCUCUCUGUUGUCUUAAAAACAAACAAAUCUUAGCGGAGAAAAAACCCAGCUCGAUUUACUGAACCAACUACUCCCUCUAUCCCUCAAAGAAUUCAGAUCUGAACUCGAUACUUUUCAUCAAUCUCUUUUGCUAAAGGCAUUGGCUAUGCGAGAUUUUGGGUGGUUAAAUUAAAGAAUGGCAAAAUCAAGGCAGCAUUUUGCUAACCAGGAUGCAUCAUUGUCACCCACUGCUGGAAGAUCAAGGGAAUGGGAUGGCCCAUCAAGAUGGUCUGAAUACUUAAAUUUGCAAGUGACUUCCCCGAUGACAGCUAGGAGUCACAGGAAUGUGAGUUCUGAUGGACAGGCUCAGAGUUCAAGCGGGUCACAUAAGGGUUUGAACAUGCAGUAUGUAGUUCAACUUACCCAAGUUGCUGAAGGCCUAAUGGCUAAAAUGUAUAGAUUGAAUCAAAUCUUGGACUUCCCAGACUCGGUGAAUCAUGUAUUUUCAGAAGCAUUUUGGAAGGCAGGUGUUUUCCCCAACUGUCCCAGGAUUUGUGUAUUGCUCUCAAAGAAGUUUCCAGAGCAUCAUAUCAAAUUGCAACUGGAACGUGUUGAUAAGGUUGCUUUAGAUGCACUGCAUGAAAAUGCUGAAGUUCAUUUACAAAGCUUAGAGCCAUGGGUUCAGCUGCUUCUUGACUUGAUGGCAUUUCGGGAACAAGCUUUGCGACUUAUAUUGGAUCUAAGCAGCACAGUUAUUACCUUGUUACCUCAUCAGAACUCACUCAUACUACAUGCGUUCAUGGAUCUCUUUUGUUCCUUUGUCCGUGUUAAUCUCUUUUCUGAGAAGAUGCCAAGGAAAAUGAUGCUGCAAAUGUAUAACCUUUUGCAUGCCAUGUCAAGAAAUGAUAGAGAUUGUGAUUUUUAUCAUCGGUUGGUUCAAUUCAUAGACUCUUAUGAUCCACCAUUGAAGGGGUUACAUGAAGAUUUGAAUUUUGUGAGCCCCCGUAUUGGAGAGGUUUUAGAGGCUGUGGGUCCUAUUAUUUUCCUAUCCACGGAUACAAGGAAGUUGAGAAAUGAGGGUUUUUUAAGUCCAUUUCAUCCUCGAUAUCCAGACAUUCUCACAAAUUCUGCUCACCCAAUGAGAGCUCAAGAUUUAGCAAAUGUUACUUCUUAUCGGGAAUGGGUACUACUUGGAUAUCUUGUUUGUCCAGAUGAGCUACUUCGUGUCACUAGCAUUGACAUUGCUUUGGUGGUGCUGAAGGAAAAUUUAGUUCUUACAUUAUUCAGGGAUGAGUAUGUGCUAUUGCAUGAGGAUUAUCAAUUAUAUGUUUUGCCACGGAUACUGGAAUCAAAGAAAAUGGCAAAAUCUGGACGCACCAAGCAAAAAGAAGCUGACCUAGAGUAUAGUGUCGCAAAGCAGGUUGAGAAAAUGAUAAGUGAAGUGCAUGAGCAAGCAAUACUAUCUUGUGAUUCCAUACAUCGUGAGAGGAGAAUAUUAUUAAAGCAAGAAAUUGGAAGAAUGGUGCUCUUUUUUACUGAUCAGCCAAGUUUAUUGGCUCCAAAUAUUCAGAUGGUAUUUUCUGCCUUGGCUUUGGCUCAAUGUGAAGUCUUGUGGUAUUUCCAACAUGUAGGAAUUGCAUCAUCGAAAUCCAAAACUGCUAGAAUGGUACCAGUUGAUAUAGAUCCAAGUGAUCCAACUAUCGGGUUCUUGUUGGACGGAAUGGAUCAUCUUUGCUGUCUUGUUCGCAAGUAUAUAGCAGCAAUUAGGGGAUAUGCAUUAUCAUUUCUUUCAUCUUGUGCUGGGAGAAUCCGGUUUUUGUUGGGUACUCCAGGAAUGGUGGCUCUUGACCUGGAUGCAAACUUGAAAGGACUUUUUCAGAAGAUAGUUCAGCAUCUUGAAAACAUACCAAAACCACAGGGUGAAAAUAUUUCUGCCAUCACAUGCAAUUUAUCCGAGCUGCGUAAAGAUUGGUUGUCAAUAUUGAUGAUUGUCACAUCUGCUCGAUCAUCUAUAAACAUAAGGCAUUUGGAGAAAGCAACAGUCUCAACUGGGAAGGAAGGCUUAUUAUCAGAAGGAAAUGCUGCAUACAAUUGGUCUAGAUGUGUUGAUGAACUGGAAUCUCAGCUAUCAAAGCAUGGCAGUCUUAGAAAACUGUAUUUCUACCAUCAGCACCUUGCAGCAGUAUUCAGGAACACCAUGUUUGGACCGGAAGGGCGUCCUCAGCAUUGCUGUGCAUGGCUUGGUGUGGCUAGUAGUUUUCCAGAGUGUGCUUCUUCAAUUGUUCCUGAGGAGAUAACUAAAAUUGGCCGAGAUGCAGUUCUGUAUGUAGAAUCUCUCAUUGAAUCCAUCAUGGGAGGAUUGGAAGGAUUAAUCAAUAUUCUUGAUUCUGAAGGUGGAUUUGGCUCUCUAGAGAUGCAGCUUCUUCCAGAGCAGGCAGCUGUGUUCAUGAAUUAUGCAUCAAGAGUUUCAAUUCCUUCAUCAAAACUUCCAAGAGGAGUGGCUGGUUUUCUUUUGCCUGGUCAUGAGAGCUAUCCUGAAAAUAAUAAUUCUAUCAAAAUGUUAGAAGCUGCAAUGCAGAGGUUGACAAAUUUGUGUUCAGUCUUGAAUGAUAUGGAGCCUAUAUGUGUUCUGAACCAUGUCUUUGUUCUGAGGGAGUAUAUGAGAGAAUGCAUCCUUGGGAACUUCAGAAGGAGACUGCUUACUGUACUAAAAACUGAUAAUGAUCUUCAACGACCUUCUGUUCUGGAAUCGCUGCUUCACAGACAUAUCAGCAUAGUCCAUCUAGCAGAGCAGCACAUUAGCAUGGACCUAACCCAGGGAAUCAGAGAAGUUUUACUCUCGGAGGCCUUUUCAGGGCCAGUUUCUUCUCUGCAUUUGUUUGAGAAACCAGCUGAUCUAAAUACUGGAUCAGCAGCUGAAGCGGUUUGCAACUGGUACAUUGAGAACAUUGUGAAGGAUAUAUCAGGUGCUGGAAUCCUUUUUGCACCAGUCCACAAAUGCUUCAAGAGUACGAGGCCUGUGGGUGGAUACUUCGCCGAAUCAGUUACUGAUCUUAGAGAGUUGCAAUCUUAUGUUCGUAUUUUUGGUGGCUAUGGAGUGGACAGGCUAGACAGAAUGAUGAAAGAACAUACAGCUGCACUUUUAAAUUGCAUUGACACAUCAUUGAGGUCAAACCGUGAGGUGCUAGAGGCAGUUGCUGCAGGCAUGCAUUCUGGUGAUCGUACAGAGAAAGAGUCGUAUUUGAGGCAGAUAGUGGAUAUGGACACAAUAAUUGGGUUCUGUAUUCAGGCAGGGCAAGCACUGGCCUUUGAUCAACUACUGGCAGAAGCUGCUGGAGCUGUUCUUGAAGAAGGUGUGCCCUUGAUAUAUUCAUUAUUAUCUGGGGUUGUUAAGGAUCUACCCGAUGAAAUACCUGAAAAGAAGGAAAUAAGGAGGAUGAGGGUGGUGGCAAACAGUGUUAAUUUAGUUAGUGAUCAUGAUUCUGAGUGGGUGAGAAUGAUUUUAGAAGAAGUUGGAGGUGCAAAUGAUGGUUCUUGGAGCUUGUUACCGUAUUUAUUUGCUGCCUUCAUGACAUCCAAUAUCUGGAGCUCUACUGCCUUCAACGUUGAUACUGGUGGCUUCAACAACAAUAUCCAUUGCUUGGCCAGGUGCAUCAGUGCUGUGAUUGCUGGAAGUGAGUUUGUCAGGUUGGAAAGAGAACAUCAUCAGAAAAGUUCUCUCUCAAAUGGGCAUGUUGCUGCUACUUUUGAUUCUGAAAUACAGAGCCGAUUGUCAACUGAAGCAAGCAUAAAGUCUGCAAUGCAGAUCUUUGUUAAAUUUUCUGCAGGAAUAAUACUAGAUUCUUGGAGUGAAACUAACAGGUCUAAUCUUGUUCCAAAGCUUAUCUUCCUGGACCAACUUUGCGAGAUCUCGUCAUACCUUCCAAGAAGCUCACUUGAACCCCAUGUUCCCUAUGCCAUUCUGCGAUCAAUAUAUGGCCAGUACUAUGCAAAUUCCCCAUCUGCACAGCUGGCAUUACUGAGCAUAUCACCUCGCCACUCACCUGCCGUCUCUCUGGCACAUGCAUCUCCAGGGUUCCGGCAGCUCCGUGGCGACUCUACUCCUCAGUCAAGUGCUACUGAUUCAGGUUAUUUCAGGGGAUCAUCAACAUAUAGCCAGGAACAUUCUUACGCUCCUGAUAGUGGAACCAUUCGGAGCAGUGACAGUAGGCAUCGGAAUGUUCGCCGCUCUGGUCCAUUGGAUUAUAGCUCAAGCCGUAAAGUUAAGUAUGCUGAAGGAUCAACUUCUGGGAGUACCGGUCCCAGCCCACUACCUAGGUUUGCGGUAUCAAGAUCGGGUCCUAUAUCAUACAAGUAAAAGAGCACCUGGAUUAUGCGGAAUAUGAAGGUGUCAUUGCUCAGCUAUCCAUUAAUAUACACCAUCGAUGGCAGGUCCCUUGUACAAAUUUUGGCAAUUUUUAUAUCUCUAAUUCUACUUUGUUUCUAUCUCAUUCGUGUACCAAUGCCUCCUUAGGCCAAUCAAGCUUAUCUCCGUCCUUCUAUUGUAAUUAGAAUUCCUGAACUUGGUUUCUUGUUUGAAGGCUUUUUCUCGAUUCUCAUGCUCGGUCCGUCAAUGUAUGUCUUGCUGUUGUUUGCCCCAUA